AUGCCAAUCCUUGUCCAUUUCACCCACAAACAACAACUUCUAAAGCCCGCAUUUGUGAUCAAUUUCUCAAGAAAGAAGUUUGGAUUUCCAUAUUUGAAAACCACUUUAUAUCAGAAGUUGUCAAUCAGCGAUCGAGUUCAAAUUUUGUUCAUGAAAAGAGUGGAAAAUGGGGAAAUGGAGGAAUUGGAGCCGGAGGAAUGGGAAGAUUUGAAGUUUACCAAAGAUCAGGAAGUUGUAGUUGUACUUGGAGUUGAUGACAUGGCUACUGUAUGUUUUUUGCUUAUAUUUUUCGAAAUUUAGUCAACUGGUAGGGUAAAUUUGACCCGAAGCAAAGCCAUAAAACAUUAUAAAAUACUCCCUCUUUAAGUUCCCAAUUUUGCCGACCAAUCCAAAGACUGUCAACCUCCGUAAUCGAAAGGCAUUCCAUGAACAACUUGAUGUCAUCAAGUAUAAAAUUGGAGAGCGUUUGAGUGCCAAGGAUCCGAAUCAAAGCAGAAUCGACUGUUUCCUCAGCAGCAGCUUCAAUUUGGAUUUCUGUGAAUCUGACAUUGAAGAGAUUCCAGGGCCGGUCACAAGAUCCAAAAAUAAUGUUGAUUGCUGUUGCCAAACGAAUGAUGAAGAUGUUGAAGAUGAAACAGAAAACUAUCAAGAGAUGCUGGAGGAAGAAUAUGUUCGGUCGAAGGGUUUGGUAAGGCUUUGGGACAGGUUUGAUUACCUAUGCGAUUUACUCGAACUUCCAAGAGGAAAGAUGAGCAAGAUCCCGUAGAAACAACGUCAAUUUUUGGUCCAAAUCUCCGCCAAAAUUAAAUAAUUUCUCAUGCGUUUUAUGACGAAAAGUUUCGGUCUUAUAAAUUUAUGAUAAAGAAGCUCUGCGUUUCCCAAAAAAAAAUUUUGAACGCCAAAUUGACAAAGAUAUCAGCAAAAUUUUUUUUCUCUCUGACCGCCCUCCACGUUUCUCACACUCUUUUUCUAAACAUGGCUCCUUUGCAGCCGUGCUUUCUCUCGCUCUCAAAGGUUUUUGAAUAUACACUGUCAUCUAACGUAAAGCACGAACAAAAAUUUUCAAAAACAGAAAUGUUGCCUGAGGCAUGCAAAAAUUUUAUUUUUCAGGGAAGACCCCGUCGUUUGCCAAAGCUGACCGCCGAACAAAUUUCCGAACAAAACGCAUUGAAGCAGCUGAAUCUGAUGCAAAUCAUUGAGAACUCCAAGGAUAGUGUCUACCUUCUCCAUGCCAUGAAACAGAAAUGGAACGAUGACAGGUUCUACCUCGCAUUGAGCGGCUGUUUAGCGACGUUGAUUUUUACUAGGACGUAAGUUUAUCAUUAUUUGAACCUUUUAUGAUUACUUAUUGUAAACUAAAUGUUCCAGAAGGACUCUGCGAACUAAAACUCAAGUCUAUGACGUCAUCGCCGACUACUUGGAAGAGCAUCCUCAUCUGGACAUUCGAUGUCUUUUGGGGCCCAUUUCUUCGCGACUCUGCACCAGAUUAUACUACAUGAGAACUAAUAUUGCACAUACCUAA